AUGGAAAAGGAAAAGAGAACUAAAGAAAAGUCUAGCAGACAGAGGAAGAAAAGAAACGAGAGAAAGACAUAUAUUAAGGAUGAAGCGGUAAAGGAAACUGAUGUUGCAAAUUCUUCAGAGUAUAAAGAUAUUGUGCCAGUUAGUGAUAAAAUUGGUGAUAACGCUUUGCAAUGUGUAAGAUCGAUAUGUCGUAAAGGUUUACGACCAAUAUUGAAAGAUUUUUCAUCUGUGCGAAAAUUUUUACCACCUAAAAUGACAACGAUUAUGUUUGAUCGAUAUCCUGCUAAAAAUCGAUAUACCGAUGUAAUGUGUCUCGAUAAAACACGAGUAAUCUUAAAAGAUCGCCCAAAGAACAAUGAUUAUAUUCAUGCUAAUUGGGUUAAUCUAUCAAAUAAUAAACGAUAUAUUUGUACGCAAGGACCGCUUGACGAAACUAUCGAGGAUUUCUGGUGGAUGAUUUUCAAGGAAGAAGUACAAGCAAUAGUAAUGUUAUGUGAUUUUAUCGAAGAUGGUGAAUCAAAAUGUGCCGAAUAUUAUCCUUUAACAGCUGGUGAAAAAGUUCAAUAUGGUGGAAUUACUGUUAAAAAUGAAAAAGAUGGAGAAAAUUUAGAAUCGAUUAUCUGCCAAAUAAUUAGCGUCCGAUUAGAUGAUGAUACACAUCGUGUUUAUCACUAUAGAUGGUCUACCUGGCCGGAUCGUUCAUCACCACGUUCCGGUGCACUAUUAGUUACAUUACUUAUGAAAUUAAAAACACUACAAGAAAAAGGACCAAUAACCGUACAUUGUUCCGCUGGAAUCGGUCGAACGGGUACAUUUUGCGCCGUUGAUCAUGCCAUAAGUCGACUUAACGAAGAUGGAAUUGUUUCUCCACCUGAUAUUGUUAAAGAGAUUCGUCGUCAACGGCUACAUUCGGUGCAAUCAGUAUUACAAUAUUUAUUUAUUCAUAUCUGUCUGAUCGAAUAUUUGCAAUCAGUUAAAUCAUUACCACAAGAUUCAUUUACACGACGAUUUCGGCGUGAUUAUGAAAAGUAUUUAAAAAAAUUUACUGAACGUUUAGCAAGAGAUAAACAACAAACUAGUAAUCCGGCGUAA